AUGCUCUUUUCGCCACCAACAUCUCAGGCACUUGCAAUUCAGUGUAUCGGCAGAAAUCUUCGGUGCGACCAGGCGCGGGCGGUAUAUGUGUACGAGUAUCGCGUCCCUGGCACGUUCAAUAUCUACCUUGCAAAUCGCAACCUGCGGAAGGCUCUGCCCGGGGUAAUGACAAUUCUUUGUACCGGGCUAGCCCCAAUGCUGAAUGACUCGAAGGAGGGCUUCACAGUGGAAGGCUGGGUGGUCCGGGAGGGAAGACUGGUUAAGCUGAAGACAUAUGAGAAGCCGAGGGAGACGGAUAUGACGGAUCCCGAUACUAUAAUGGAUGAAGUGGUGAAGCGUAUUACAGGGGAGGUCCAUGACGAGCUGGCUACGCUUCACCACCGUCCUAGCAUUCGCCCGUCGGUCCCUUUGGCAAAAUGGAACAAUUGA